GGAGUCGGUCAGUCUCUGAACCUGCGAGAGAGCAUUGCAGACGGCCACAGCGCGCGAGAGAAGGAUACAGUAGAUGUACAGGGAAUGAUUCCGUGAUUUGGCUUUAAGGUUGGAUUCUUCUGGUGGAUUGAUAUCGCAAGGAAGUUCCAAAUAAAUGUCAGAAGUUGAGAGGAGUUGCUAUCAUUUCAUACUCUUCAUUUUAAGUGUAAUAUUCAAAAGGCUGUUUCCGUUCAAUGAAAAGUGCGCACGAGGAGACUUGGCUGCCUAUGCAUCUCUGCGCGUUUCUCUGGUCUCCAACGAAUAACAUUUCCAGAGCAGAGGAGACAGUGCGAAUCAGCCAGACGAACGUUCACACAGCUCCCUUUUUCUUCGCCGUCCUGCGAUUGCAGCUGAAGCCGUCUCUCCUGAAUUACAAGAACGCUGCAACUGGGGACAUAUAAUUGCUUAUUUAUAAAGCUACCAUUUUCAUCUCCUCAGUUUGAGGCAAAAAUAAUAACGAGGGGGAUCACAAUAAGCUCUGCGUCGCUGGGGUUGAAUUUCACAGUUCAUUGUCGCUUUUUGACCCCAGAAACGGAAUAUUAAAAUCGAUUUAAGUUUUUCUGGAAGUUGCACAGUGACCGAAGAUGGGCAUUUGUGGUUAUUUUGUAGUGUCCUGGAAAUACCUGGUUGUCAUCGCUCUAAGACUGCUGUUCCUUGUACCUGCAGGAGUGCCAGCGAGGAGCGGAGAAUCUUUUUCAAAACCAAUGGACAACAUCACCGUCAGACAAGGGGACAAUGCCGUCUUAAAAUGCAUCGUGGACGACAAGGUGUCGAAGGUGGCCUGGCUCAACCGCAGCACCAUCCUGUUCGCGGGGAAUGAGAAGUGGUCGUUAGACCCCCGCGUCAUCCUGCUCGACAACACGGCCGCCACGGAGUACAGCAUCAAAAUCCAGAACGUGAAUGUGUACGAUGAGGGGCCUUACGUCUGCUCCAUCCUGACCAAUAAGAGACCCAAAUCAUCGAGGGUUCACCUUAUUGUACAAGUUCCGGCAAAGAUUGUGAACAUAUCCUCUGACAUCACAGUAAAUGAGGGCAGCAGCGUCACUCUCAUGUGCUUGGCUAUCGGAAGACCAGAGCCCACCAUUAUGUGGAGACACAGUACAUCAAACGGCCGCAACUUCAUGAGUGACGGGGAGUACGUGGAGAUCACAUCCAUCACCAAAGAACAGUCGGGGGUCUACGAGUGCAGCGCCAGCAACGACUUCCUGGCCCCUGACGUCAGGACCGUCCAAGUCACCGUCAACUAUGCACCCUUCAUUUCAGAUGUCAGGAGUACCGGCACCCCGGUUGGACAGAAGGGCAUCCUCCAGUGUGAAGCUUCUGCCGUUCCCCUGGCUGACUUCACCUGGUAUAAAGAAGACCGCAGGCUCUUCAAUGGACUCAAUGGAGUCAAAAUUGAAAACAAAGGCAAGCAAUCUAUGCUUAUCUUUUUCAACGUCUCUGAAGAGGACUACGGGAACUACACCUGCGUAGCUAUGAACACCAUGGGAAUAACGAACGCCAGCAUAAUAUUGUAUGGCCCCGGAGCCGUGCACGACGUCAACAGCGCCGUCCUGUCUCCGCGCGGCUCGCCGUGCCUCCUCUUGACUGUCGUUCUGUCCUACCUUUUCAAGUUUUGAUGCAGCGGUGGCUCUUCCCCCCCCCCCCCCCCCCUCCCCCCGGCUUCCGCCAGCAUCACAGUACGACAGACCUGUCUGUCCCGUACGAGCAAAAGGGAAAUAAACAAAAAUGCAGACGGUUGCCUUUUUUUUCUUAAAAGCUCUGAGCUGAAGGUGUUUAUUGACACGUGUUUGGUGGGGUGGGGGUUUUGAUGUGGGGGUUGACAUUGGGGUAAAUGACUGACAGAUUUGAGAUAAUAGUAUUUCCAAGUAUGUGUGUCUCUACAAACAUUUGUAUGUAAAAAAAGGAAACAAAAUUACAGUAAUGGUUAAUGGUUUCAUGGUUUUGCUCAGUAUUGAGGUAUAAAUUUGGAUCACUGGUGUGUCCUGUCCUGUUUUAUCUCUGUACAAUAGCAAAUGUUUUCCUUUUUUAAGUAACCAACAGGGAAAAAAAAACAAUUCUCCUAGCUGAGAGAAUUGAAAAACUGCAAUGUUUUUUGCUGAAUUCCUGCUAUUUGUUUUUGUUGUAUGCAACAGAACAGCAGUUGAUUUAAUAUAUUCUGUCUACCUAACCUUAAUAUAUUGUACAUUGCAUCAUUCCUUAGGACAGAAAUACAUAUUCCGGUGUUCUGUAAUAUAUAGUUGCAAAUUCAAUCCAUAAAGAGUAAGAAAAUGCACUAUAUUUCAUUUUGGAGGACAUUACCAUUUAAGCACUUUUUUUUUGUUUAAGACCCAGCUGCACAUAUUAAUUAAAUAAUAAAAUAUAAUAGAAUCUUUUUUAUUAAUCACCAAGGAGAAAGUAGGUAGCCACCCCAGCAAACAAGCUUACAAAUUACUGCAAUAUUGUUAGUGACAGAGAACUGAAAAAGAUACAAUAAUUAUAGUGUUGCCUUCCUUUGUUCAAUUGCAUAAUAUUUAUAUAAACAAUAACUAUGUGAAAUGUCUGGGAAUUGCUAGCAGGGAAGCUUGUCUGAAAUGUUUAGCUGAGCAUGUAGACAUAAUGAAUCUUGUGCAAAAAGUAUGACAAAACACCAUAUUAACAAGCCAUAGGAGACAUAGUAUGUAAUGGUGAUUUCAUAAAUUCCAACUAAAGGCUUUACAAACUCAGUACAGUACAUAAAAAGAGACAUUAAAAGGUGGGGUUUUUUGUCAGUUGUGUAACUAAAAGCUCAGAAUAAUUCAUGGUACAUAUAUGAGAAGUGGUGAGGUUGUUGGCAGGUUAGGGUGGGUGGCUGAUGUUUUGAGUAGUUUUACUGGAAAGAGAAGCUUAAACAUACUCAAUGGCCAUCAUAUUAGGUACACCUGCUCCUUAACGCAAAUAGCCCACUCCUCCAAAGACUGAAUCAUGUGGCUACAACUCAAUAUAUAUAUAGUUUGCAGACAUGGUGAAGAGGUUUAGUUGUUGUUCAACCAAACUUUAGAAUGGUUAAAAAACGCAUGCCCUAAGUGACUUUGACUGUGGUAUGAUUGUUGGUGCCAGACAUGGUGGCUCCAGCAUCUCAAAAACAGCUGCACUCCUGGAGUUUUUACACACUACAUUCCCUGGAGUUUACAGACAAUGGUGCGAUAAACAAUAAAAAACAUCCAGUCAGCGGCAGUUCUCUAGCCCGAAAGCACGCCGUUAAUGAGAGAGGUCAGAGGAGGAUGGACUUGUUCAAGAUAACAGAAAGCCCAUAAAUGCUCAAAUAACAAGCGUAGUGUGCAGGAGGGCAUCUCACAAUGCGUUGAACCUUGAAGCGGAUGGGUCUGAUACAGCAGCAGAAGACCAAACCAGGUCCUGCUCCUGUCAGCUAAAAACAGGAAGAGGGACUACAGUCAGCACAUGAUCAUGAGAAGUCAACAACUUAAGAUUGGAAAAACAUCGCCUGGUUAGACGGAUCUCGAAUUCUGCCUUGAAAUACAGAUGGUAGGGUCAGAAUUUGGCUUAAAAAAACAUAAAUCCCUGGUUCGAUCCUGCCCAUGUCAACUGUGCAGGCUCUUGGUGAUGUAUACUGGGCUGGUGAAUGUUUUAUUGAUACUAUGUGAGCAUCAUUUGAAUGCCACAGAAUACUGAAACAUUGCUGUUGACCAUAGUCAUGCUUUUAUGGCUGCAGCCUACCCUGGAUAUUUUCUAACGGAUACUACCAGCAGGAUACGGUGGCAUGUCAUGAAGCACACAUCAUUCCAGGCUGGUUCCACAAACAUGACAGUGACUUCAGUUUACUCCAAUCCCCAGAUCUCAAUCUAAUAGAGCACCGAUGAGAUGUGUUGGAAUGGGAGGCUCGCAGUGUGAAUGUGUGGCUUAACAAUCUGCAGAUACUACUCGAUGCUAUCACAUCAGUUUGGAUCAAAAUCCCUAAGGUUUCCAGGACCUUGUUGAAACCCAUGUCAUGCAUAAUUCAGGCUGUUCCAAGGCAAAAGGGGGUCCUACCCAGUACUAGAAAGGUGUACCUAAUAGAGUGUCCACUGAGUGUAUAUUUAAAAGUGUAUAUAAAAGUGUCAUCACUUUUCUUUUCUUUUUUUUCUGCAGAAAUGUUAUACAGAUGUCAAAUAAAAGCAGCUGGAUAUUAUAUAACAGAGGGCUAUCAUGUGGUUUUAAUCGCUUUUCCUUUACUUGUCAGUAUUUGUCCACGUUUUUGACUUUACCUGAUCACCAUGCCGUGAUUACAUUUUAAGUGGAUACCAGUUAUUCUAUGAAGUUGCGCACUGUUAAUAGUGUAAGUACUAUUGUAAGGACAAAAAUAGAAGUGAAGUGUCUGGAAUGUAAUGUAAAGUCUAAUGGUAUCUCAUUAUUUGUGAAUAUUUUGUAUAUUCAUAUACAGUAAAAAGGGACCUUGCACUAAAGAUACAGUGAUGGUGUAUUUGAUUGGAGUAUUGAUUCCAUGCACAUUGGUGAGUGGGAGACGGCAUGGCCAGGGGGGAAUAGUGGACUACCCAGGGCUCCAUGGCAGGCGAGGGGGGGAGGUGGGGUUGUGGUGGGCACAGAGACUGCAUUUGCACAGGCCCCAGAAUUUUGUGCAACACCCCUGACUAUGGCUACCCCCUAAAAAAAGCAUUCAAACCCGCUUUUCAGUUCGGAAUGAUGGACGGCAGGGGCAGGAGCAGCUGUACCCGAGACAAACAAACAUCAUCCAGGCUUUUCUUUGCGCUGUUGUGUUCUAUCACACAGUUGAUGGUCUGUAAAGGAGGGGGUUCGGUAGGUGUGGAGGGGUUGGUGUUUUGGUGUGGGGGUGGGGGGGGUUGUUGUUAUUUGAAAAAUCGCUUCUGGAAAUGCAUCUCCACUCAGUCGGUGCAUUGGAACGAGCGGCUGAAGCUUUAAUAUCUCUCGCCUGUAUGAAACGAAUAAGAAUCACUCAAUGUCACGCCUGUCACAGCUGAUCACCCUUACAGAGCCAUGCCGGAGCACAAUCAACACCUUGAGUUUGAAUUUCGGGCUCUUCCCAGACAGACACUGAUAUGGGGCCGCUCCAGCGCCCGGGCCCACUCGCGGGAAGGGGAGACAGGGCCAUUUUUUAUGGAGUAUGGAUGCUGAAAUUAGGCCCCCUGUCAGGGGGAUUGUGUUCCCCUCAGUAAACACUGACAAUGGUGGCAAACGGGUGGCAGAGAGUGAUGGGGCUGGGAUGCCGGCCGGGGACACGCCCCCCUGGAAUCUCCACACAAUGGACUUUAGAAACGCCAGCAUUCCUAAAGUACAGCGUGGCCUGACGGCUCAAUGCCCAUGAUCUAUUGCCCUCCAGCAUUCACAGUACUAAAAGAUAUUGCAUUUUCAAUGGCAUCUGUGAUAGGUGCAGUUCUGCUUAAAGUAAACAGGACAAGUGAAUGCAUAAUAAUACUAAAUAAUAAUAAUAAUAAUAAUAAUAAUAAUAAUAAUAAUAAUAAUAACAACAACUACAGCAACAACAACAACAAUAAUAAUGCCAAUUUUUAAGAUAUAAGUGAUUGGUGUGAACUCAGAAUAGGCAAAUCCAUAAUCUUUUUUAUGAAUUGUCAAUAUUGUACUAAAUUCAUCCUUGUUAGGUAGUCCUACAUACAAGGAUUUUUUUUCUACAUUUAUGCGCAUAAGUGGAGCUCAGUAGGGAUAGGAACAGAUAAACUGUUUAAAAGGACAAGCUCCUCUAUCCAUUUAAAAUGGAUUAAAAGGAGAACGUAAAUAAUAACUCAUGGAAAUAAUAAUUUUAUAUGAUCAUUUAUAACAGUAAAGUUGCGGUCUGAUGGUAAAUAAUAUUUUUGCAUCCCUCUGUACAUUCUGAGCAAGUGACUGAAAAUUCAGGCCUGAUUGCAAACUACAAAACCAACUGAUACCUCGAUAUGUGGACAUGUGGGUAAAAUAGAUUAUAAUACAACCUAGGAUAUUGUUGUGAUAUUUUUGUUUAAUUCCUAUGGUUCUAAAUUUCAGGCAGUCAGUUGAAGACUGACAGUGCAGGAAAGCGCACACGUUUUAUUUUGUGUGCACACUUUUAAUUUGGUUAUUUAUUUUUAAAGGCUCAUUAGAAUGCUAUUUCCAUAAUUGGCUUGGGCGAUGUUUUUCUUUUUUUUCUUUUUUUUUUCUGCAGACAGUUAAUGAUGUGCACUGUUUUGGUUAUUGACAUUCCUAAAUUGGAUGUCUUUCUUUUCUGAAUAUCUGAUAGCUGGAAUUAUUUCUUAGUUGUCUGCCAGUAACAACGUAGUUGUCUGCAAGUCAACUGUAUGAUUAAAAAUGUAAAUAAAUAAAAACAGCAUCUGAUAUAUUAUUCAAGAAUUGUGAAGUACAAUUUUUUUGUCAAGUUCAAUAGCAAUUAAUGCUUAAAUAGUUAACUUGUGCCUAACAACACCAAGGAAUUUGAAACUUUUGAUAUUAUAAUCAUUUUAUUAUAAACCAUUAAUAGUAACUGCUAUUAUGUAAUGCCUCGUUAAAAUGUAUAUGAACCUAAAAUUCCAAAGUACAAACAUUUAUCCCAAAUUUAGCCCAAAUGUCCAACCCUAACGCAUCCCCAUAUUUAAAUAAAUGCACUGUACUAUACUGGAGAAAUUGCAUAAAUACAAAUAUAUAUUACUGCCACGUAUGUGCUUGGGACACCAUUGCAAAUCAUAUAUGAAUCCGUCCUCUGCUCGCAUCAUUAUAACAAGACAAUUACAAGAUAAGCCAACAAAUAAACACUGCCCUUAAAUAGUAGAUUCGCAGGUAAUGGGGAGUUGUGACACAAAAGCUGUGGCCAUCAUUUUAAGUGAUACAGCAUCCAUACUAUAUUUUUAGAACAAAAAUAAAGUUACUCAUUGGUCAUCAUACAGAGCCAACAAUGUCUAAGUUGAAUGCUGGAAGUAAUACACAAAUUGUAGGAUUGUGUUCAUGAUAUAUAAUGAAUAUUUGUAUGCAGCAAUAUCACAACUAUAAUAGUCAAAUUAACUUUAUUCACAUCCUGACAGGCUGCAUAUUAUUGAACUCAACAGAUGUUGUUGAAUACCUUCAUCUAACCAUUUAUAAUGUGCUACUGAGCAUAAUGUACAUAUUUUGUAAAAUUAUGAUGUGUGCAGGAUUCAUUUGACCUUUGAUUUUAUGAAAUGUAAAAGCUACACUUCAAUUAGUGCUCAGUGGAAAUAGAUUUUAUGCAGUGAAAUAUGCAAUUAGGUUGGUUAUAAUGCAAACAGAGUGCCUGGUGUGCAUCUGGCACAAAUGGAACAUCACAUGUGGAAUCAGCACCCCACUGCAUUCUAAACAUUGAAAGGGGAGUUCCACCCUGGGUUUUUCUUUUGUUUGUAGAAGGGUAGCUGUAGUUCUCAGCCAAUUCCCUACCUGUAGUGUGAGCAGAGAUAUAGCCCCAAACUUCUGUGCAUACUCCAGGUAGCUGCUUCACUAUAGAACACAAUGGAGCAGGGGCUUACAGUUUACAGUUAUGGGGGGGUGUCAGGUUUCCAUUUCUACUGAAUCAAAAUAGGGGGCUGGGUGCUACGUCUUGGCUUUGAAGCCAUUCUUCUACUCACUGGCUAGCUUGCCACUAAUGAAAAAAACAAUCUAGGAUUAUGGUGUUCAGCUAAGUUUACUUUUGUGCUUACGUUUUACUGAAAAAAAAAUUAGGCUUCGGUGCAGUGUGGCAAAAUGCAAGCGAAUUAAGGAUUUUUUUUUUACUGGCUACUGCAAGACCACUGUAAAAAAACAACAAUGGCUGACUGCAAUGGGGGACAUUAAAUCCCCUGGAUACACCUGAGACGCAGCUAAAGAGUGUGCAAGUGUGUAGCGGGCACUUUCACUCAGAAGAUUUUGAGAACACUCGGGCGAGACUACUGAACAUACCUAAUAACUGUCUGUUAGCUUGACCAAUGCCCCCUUCACUUAGUAUGGGAGGGUGGGGCGACAUAUCUCCAAAUUGAAAUUACCCUCCCAACAUAUUUCUUCAACAAUGAGAAAGUGUAGAGGUGUACGCCAUUAUGACAUAUGCCUCUUCCAAAUUCACCCCUAUCACUGCAGAUAUUUAUGUGCAGAAUUUGCUUUGGCCAGCCACUAAGAGUUACUCGUUUAUGCCUUGAUCUGGUAAAUAAGGUAAUGUUGAUUUGUAGUGGAAUUCCCCUUUAACAAAAACAGGAUAGCCAGAAAUAGCAAAAUGCAGAUAUAGAACAUCAAUCUUUUUUUUUCAAAAGCUACAGUCUCCUUUGAAAACAUUGUGUAACUUCGCUAUUAUUUUACAACCAAGUAAGGUAUAGUGGUAUUACUGUCCCCAAAAUAAGUUGUUCAUUCCACAGAACUUUUUUCCAUUUUUUGUCAUGCUCAUGAUAUGCAAUGGGUAGCCACUUAUGUCCGGACUAUUGAACCUAAACCCCUUUCAGAAUAAUGUCAUGUAAGCCAAUGGAUUAAAACAGCUAGGGUUAGUGUUCAAGGUACAUGUGAGCAUUUCAUACAUGUAUCUCCUUUCCAUAAAUAUAGUUGUUGUUAAUAAGUGUACCGCUUGAAAGUUUCAAUAUCUUGGCAUCAAGUAUAUGUUCUAUUCUUCACCCAAAGAAAUAAAUGUAAAUGAUUUCUGCCCAACAUUUUGUUUCACUUUUUUGACCAGACUGUUCCACUUAGAAUUAUAUAUGUAAAUAAAUAGGCCACCUUUUUUAAUCAGAUAUUUUAUUUCUUUAAUUUUUUUCCUGGUCUAGUAAGGUUGUGUAUAGCAAUUAAAGUGUAAAUGUUUUAUGAAUUUUCUUGGCAAUGGCCAAAGUGACCCUACAGUACUAACGUAUUUGUGCAUGUUAAGGCAUAGUUGUAUCUUUUCUAUAUGAGAAUGAGUAAGAGAUGGUUGUAACUGUGCAGUGUAAUAAAAUCUAAUGAUUUUUUUUUCUAAACGAUUAUCCUUUUAUUACAUUAUUAUAAUGCACUUUUUAUCAGAUUCACGUUAUUUGUUCUCCUCUGGACCUUGCCUAUUUGUGUUUGGGCAGAAAACAUCUUUCCAGAUUGAUGUGUAACAUAAAUCUCCAUUUAUCAUUAAGUUUUAUGUCACAUGUAAAGACUUAGUAUUCAACAUGACAAAUGAACAAUGUUCACAUAUAAUCUGACCAAUCAAAAUUACACACUGAGCUAGCUGAAUGCCAGUAGAUUCUGUUAGUCAUCUGAUUAUUUUGACAAUUUGCUGCGUAAAAUAUCUCCAUCAUAUCUCAGCAUAACAUGGUCAUUUUUAAAACCUUCCAGAAUUAUUCAUUUUCUAAUGCACCUUUAUUGCAGACUAGCUGAUGUGUGGUGUUUCAUUUUUUUUAAAAUGUCUCCAUCAUUUCCUGUUAUAUAAUAACCUGAACUAACUAAACUACAACGUAUGUAUUUUAUACACAUUGAUCACCUCAUGUGGCAUCAUUGUGAACUUCACAGUCCAGAAUAUAAAUAAAAGUAUUUGGACAGUGAC